AUGAGGAUUACUUCCGUUAUUGUUCUUGCCGCAGCGCUGGGCGCCUACGCUGCUCCUCAGGCCCUCAACACCAGGGAUGUUACGACCGAUGGGGUCUCCGCUAGAGGAGUGGCCCUUGGUGAUGGAAGAGUUGCACUCCCUGCAGUGCAGCCCGGUAGCCGCACCCGCCGAGGCAGUAGUAGCAAGUCUGCUCGCUCUCUGGAUGAUAUAAUCGAGGCCCGUAGUCCCCAACGUGCACCACCACCACCACCAUCACGUGGCGGAGCACCUCCCCCCCCUCCAACAGGAGGCGGUGGCGGUCGAGGUGGUGCACCCCCUCCUCCCAACGGAGGCGGUCGGGGUGGUGCCCCCCCUCCUCCAAACGGAGGCGGUCAAUUCGGAGCAACCCCAGGUGGUGGCUUCAAUGGUGGUGCACCCCCACAACCGACUGGAGGUCGUGGUGGUGGAAGACAGUUCAGACGUGCCGAAGUUUCAACCUCUGACGAUGUUGACUUGGACUUUGUUGAAGGAGAGACACUCGCCCUCACCGAAGCCAAUCUUGCAGCAAGGGAUGCAGAGCUCGAAGCACGGGACUUCAGCGACAAUGACUCCGUCUUCUCCGCCAAUGAUGACGCCAAUUCGGUUUUCUCUGACGACUCUCUCUUUUCUGUUGACAGCCAGCGUGGUGGUAACCCCGCUGGUGUUCAGCCGCGGAGCCCGCAGUUCAGACCCCCUCCACCACCUCCUCAGAGAGCCCCUCCUUCACCUGCUCGGAGACCCGCUCCUCCGCCCCCUCAGAGAGCUCCCCCUCCCCGUGCGCCAGCUCAAAGACCUCCUCCACCUCCUCAGAGAGCCCCCCCUCCCCGUGCGCCAGCUCAAAGACCCCCUCCACCUCCUCAGCGAGCCCCCCCUCCCCCGCGCCCAUUUAGAGUGUAG